CAGGGGAGGACUGACAACUCACGGGGCCCCCGGGCAAUAGGGGAUCAUGGGGCCCCUGUGUCCUUGCCCAAACUCAAAAAAGCCUAUGACAAGAGUUACCAGGGGUAUCUCAUGAGGCCCCCUACUGACCCCAGGCCCUCGGGCAGUGCCCGAGUUUCCAAAUGGUCAGUCCGCCCCUGCUGGGCGACCAAGUUGCCUGAACGAAGCAGCAGAUUUUGGUAAAAGAACGAGCACAAUUCCAUUCUUAUGAAGGAUCCUAUUUUUUUUUUACUUUGUUAAUGUCUUAACUACAACAGUGUUGAUUUUUAUUUUAUUUUACUUUUG